AUGCCAGAACUCGCGCAACUACUAGACAAGCUCCACACAACACACUUUUCCGACAUGACAUUCUCCACUGUUAGCACCAUUGCCAAUUACAUUAAAGGCCACGCCAACAACAGCUCAAAUAUUGAUGAAAACAUCAAUACCCUUAGCACAAACCAGCAGGACACUCUCAUGAAGGUUCUUUACUGUUGUCUUGCCAACGACAGUGGAUCUAGCGCAACCUACUUUCGCUGGCACGAAAAACUAUACAGGACAGCAGGAAGUGGUGCCAUCAUUCGUGUAAUGACUGACAUGGCAACAUGA